AUGCCUUCAGCUCAAGAUCCAUUCUAUGUUGUGAAGGAGGAGAUUCAAGAAUCUAUUGAUAAGCUGCAAUCUACUUUUCGCCAAUGGGAAAAAGCUGCUGAUGCUGGCGAGCAAUCCAAUCUUUCAAAGGAAGUUCUUACUAGCUGUGAAAGCAUUGAAUGGCAGGUAGAUGAAUUGGACAAAGCAAUUUCUGUAGCCUCUAGAGAUCCUUCUUGGUAUAGCAUUGAUGAAGUGGAGCUUGAAAAUCGGAGGAGGUGGACCAGUGAUGCUCGGACCCAGGUGAGCACAGCAAAGAAAGCAGUGGAAGCGGGAAAAGGCUCAAAUAUAGCAAACAAUGCUAGUCUAAAUGGGAUGCACAGAGAAUUAAUGAGGCUUCCUAAUUCUCAUCAAACUACGUCUGCUCAAAAUGCUACCCAGCAUAAUGAUGAUUUCAUAGAAUCAGAAUCAGAUAGGCAGAUGCUUCUUAUAAAGAGACAGGAUGAGGAGUUGGACGAGCUUAGUAUAAGUGUACAAAGAAUUGGAGGUGUUGGACUUACUAUACAUGAAGAGCUCCUUGCGCAGGAGAAGAUUAUUGAUGAACUGGGUAAUGAGAUGGACAGUACAUCUAAUCGGCUAGAUUUUGUGCAAAAAAAAGUAGCAAUGGUCAUGAAGAAGGCUAGCGCAAAGGGCCAGAUCAUGAUGAUUCUGGGUUUGCUGGCGCUAUUCAUUCUCCUCUUUAUCUUGGUAUUCUUCACCUAG